UUGAUUCUGUGGCGCACCGCCACACAUUAGUCUAUGUGUGGGAAACACUGCCUAUGCCAAUGCCACACAGAGUUUCUUCAAUGAUCCUUGUGAUUCUAAACUGCUCAACAUUGUCCGUGUUAGUGACAUGAGCAGAGCUAGACGUCGACUGAUCAGCAAACAGAAGUUGCAUCGUAAAGUUGUCUGUCUGCAAGCCAACCCUGGUAAAGCUGACACAGGGUAUAUUUUGUUUCCCAUGCUGCAUCAUAUAGAACGCAAGUAACUGAAUUGUAAAUAUGUAACUAAAACUAAUGUUCCUCAGGGCUUUUCUAAUAACUAUCAUUGUCAGGGUGUGCAGGUUGUAUACAAUUUUUGUUCUGAGUGUGGAGGGGAAAAUGCUACCCUUAUGUGGAUUGAGAGCAAUACAUUCAGAGAAUGACUAAGUUGCCUAAAGUUAGUUUUUGCAGUUGCCUGAAUCUCAGCAUAUUUUGUUCUAGUUGUUGUACAGGUCUCAUGAUGUGGGUCAGGGCAGUUUGGACAGAGCCAAAGGGAGAAAAAGAGGGAGUCAUCCCGAGGUUUGGGUGAAAGAUAACAUGGUUUACUGGCCAACAGGAGCUAAUGUAACCAAACCAGCCGAAGAAAUGCGACAACCAGCAAGCAGCUGGCUAAAGUUUCCACUGCUGAAAAUCUAAAUAAACUCAUAAGUUUACAUAAAUAAUUUUAAAGCUAAAUCUGAGUUUUUCUACUACUCAAAUCAAGUUAGUUAUCAUAAGCCUGCUUGUUCCAUUUACCUUAGAGAAGCGAGAAGAGUGUGAAGCAUUCGACCAAACAACAACUGCAGAGCUAAGUGAGGAAGAAUGCACUCCUGUUAGGAGGGUGAAGAAGAAAAAAUACCCAGGGUUUAUCUUAGGUAUACAAUAACUGCACAUAACCCACACAAAGCGCCAGAGAUCCCACACACCAUGCCAGAGAUACCACAUACCGCACCAGAGAUCCCACACACCGCGCCAUAGAUCCCACACUCCGCGCCAUAGAUCCCACACUCCGCCCCAUAGAUCCCACAGUCCGCGCCAUAGAUUCCACACUCCGCGCCAUAGAUCCCACACUCCGCGCCAUAGAUCCCACACUUCGCGCCAGAGAUCCCACAAACCGCGCCAGAAAUCCCACACACCAUGCCAGAGAUCCCACACUCCCCGCCAGAGAACCCCCUCUCCACACCAGAGAUCCCACACAAUGCGCCAGAGAUCCCACACACUGCGCCAGAGAUCCCACACACCGCGCCACAGAGCCCACACACCGCGCCAGAGAUCCCACACACCGCGCCAGAGAUCCCACACACCGCACCAGACAUCCCUCUUUCCGCACCACAGUUCUACACACCAGCACUCCCAGUCUACUCAUCGGUGGUCCCACAUUCCACAUGAGGAAACCAGCACAAAGAGGGUGGUGAACCAUUCCCAUUAUAUAAUGGAAGUUAGUAUCCCUCCUUAUUUUCAUACUAACAGUGGUGUUUUUGCAAAUGGGACUAAUGUUUAUUUUCAUUCCGAUUUGUCCUUCAGAGUUCCAAAGACGGGUCCUCUAUCUGCUGGCCGAUAUUUGUGAAAAGCUGUCCCAGGUGGGCCAAAACUGUGAGCCCCCAGACUCUCAGUUCCACCUGGUGAAGAUGAACAGCAGGCGUGAGCUCAAGAAUCUGGAAGGGCAACUGGCUGAUAAAGGAAAGAAAAAUCAGUUUAACUAUGCUAGGCCAAUAUUAAUACUGUUCCUAUCGUAUUCAAUGUUUUCUGUGUUCCUGAUAGGUAUUUUUUAUUAUCAGAUGUCUCAGUCGGUCAAGAUAGGGGGUGCAGAUCUUGAGGACUGUGUGAAGAAUAUGAUGAAAAGUGAGGCUGUUUUGAUGACGUAAGCGAUUUCCCUCCUACAUGACAAGAUGGGUGAGCAGCCGACAGAUCAGAUUUCAAGAAUGCGUGGAAUACGUACAAAUGCAUCGCUGAAUAGGUGUGAUGACACACUCACAUAUAUUGGGAUGUAGCUACAUGUGAUGUAAGCUUCAUUUUCAAAUAUGGGGCAGAGGCUGGUUGAUAAGGGGCAGCAGAGCCAGAGGAUGGUGAUCUUUGGGGCCAUCUUCCUCCUGAUGACCCUCCUUAUCCUCUACAGCUCCAACAGCGGGAGUGAGAUAAUCUAUGGACCCUUCCACGUGGCCACCAACCACCACUCCAUCAAGAUCACUGAUUUGAGGAAAUGGGCUGGAAAAGACGGCUAUGUGGCCGUGUAUGGGAAUAAGAACAUGACCCUACACUGCCACCACUGUGCCCUGGUGACCAGCUCCAGCCACGUCCUCGGCACCCGUUCUGGACCGGAAAUUGACCGCACAGAGUGUGUGAUCCGCAUGAACGACGCCCCUACCUUUGGGUAUGAGGCCGACGUAGGGAAUCGGACCUCUCUCAGGGUGGUGGCCCACUCUAGCGUGUUCCGAGUGGCCCGGCGGCCAGGAGAGUUCCUGAACCGGAUGGGAAACACGGUAGUCAUAUUCUGGGGUCCGCCUACCAAGAUAGGAAAAGAGGCCAAAGGCACCUUGUAUCGUCUGAUCCAGAGGGUCAGCAUGACUUACAGUAACCUAUCCAGCUUCGCCAUUGCACCCAAUAAAAUGCGAAAGUUUGACAACUUAUUUCAGAAGGAGACGGGACGAGACAGACAGAAGUCUCAGUCAUGGCUAAGCACCGGGUGGUUCACCAUGGUGAUUGCCAUAGAGAUCUGUGACAACAUUCAAGUCUAUGGCAUGGUCCCUUCUAGCCACUGUGGACGGAAACCUCAGCCUAAGAAGAUGCCCUACCACUAUUACAAACCCAGAGGGCCAGACGAAUGUGUAAUGUACCUCCAGAAUGAAAGGAGUCGGAGGGGCCCCCACCAUCGUUUCAUCACAGAGAAACACGUGUUCGCUCGCUGGGCUAAGCAGUACAACAUCACCUUCACUCACCCCACCUGGUGAGAGGAGCCGGAACAAAGGGAUAGGCAGUUAUAAUCCCCAUUAUGUAAAAUAGCAGAGAUGAUCACACAAAAGUCUGGACAUGCAGCUGUGGACUACUCGUGUUGAAUCGAAUUAGCUGUAUUGCUUCUACCCCACAGCAUGGGGGUAAGUGGCCAUCUUUGUUGGGAACUACCUCCUGUGUGAGAUCCUGUGAUAAGAGCGUCUGCGAAAUGACUAAAUGUGUGAGACAAUUAAGGUGUUCUUCCUUUUCAAACUUGUAAUGUAAAAGCUCACUGUGUAAACAGAUACUUUUAAUGUUUUCAUUCUCAUGAAAGCUAUAAAAACAAAGAGUACCAAGUUCAACUAUUAUUCACUGUAUUCAACAAGGUAAUGAAAGUUUGAAGAGAAAUGAAGUGUUUUUGUAAAUAGAAUGAACAGGAAUUCAUACUGUAUUUCAUUUCAGAAUGAAUUUAUAUGUUUUCUAAUGUUUUGUUUUUCCUGCCACAAAGCAUUCAAAAAUAUAUAAGAAAUGAUUCCCACUUAUCUUGGUGGAUUGUAUAAACCAAGAUGUCAAUUUUUUUAUAGUUAAUGCCAGAGCCCGUCGGGUGUACUAAUAGUAUAAUGUAACUGAUAUGCCAAUCAUGUGGAAACACAAUGCCUGUUGAUUAUCAAUUAACAAUUUGGUGCAAUAUUAAGGCAGUGUUUAGCUGCAAUAUAUUUAGUCUCACUCAGAAGCCCCAUAUCACCUUCUCCACUCACAUACUGGUCCAAAUCUUUCGAAUAUGGACCAUAGAUGAUGUACUAAGACAAAAAUAAGAGUUAUGGCACUGUGUUUUAUUUGCUCUGUCUCUAGAUACUGUUUCAAGUUGUUUUAAUUAAAGUUUGGAAUGGGGCCUCGGGCAUUUA